UGGCGUUAAUCGGGUAACGGUUAAUAGCAGCACUCCCAUCUUCUCUGGUUAGUUCGUUGCUGCAUCAGUACAGAUUCAAACCUUUGUCUUUAUCAGUCGGUUGGAAAAUUUGAAUUCAACCAAAAUGAGGGAAAUUGUGCAUCUGCAGGCAGGCCAAUGUGGAAAUCAAAUUGGAGCUAAGUUUUGGGAAGUCAUAAGCGACGAACAUGGCAUCGACCCGACCGGCUCAUACCAGGGGGACAGCGACCUGCAGCUGGAUCGCAUCAACGUCUAUUACAAUGAGGCUUCAGGUGGGAAGUAUGUCCCCCGGGCCGUGCUGGUGGACUUGGAGCCUGGCACGAUGGACUCGGUGAGGUCCGGUCCCUUCGGACAGAUCUUUAGACCAGACAACUUUGUCUUUGGCCAGAGCGGAGCUGGUAAUAACUGGGCAAAGGGUCACUACACUGAGGGAGCCGAGCUGGUGGACUCGGUCCUGGAUGUGGUGAGGAAGGAGGCGGAGAGCUGCGACUGCCUGCAGGGAUUCCAGCUCACACACUCCCUGGGUGGAGGAACCGGCUCGGGCAUGGGCACGCUGCUCAUCAGCAAAAUCCGAGAGGAGUAUCCAGACCGCAUCAUGAACACUUUCAGCGUGGUGCCCUCCCCCAAGGUUUCAGACACAGUUGUGGAGCCAUACAACGCCACCCUCUCCGUCCACCAGCUGGUGGAGAACACAGAUGAGACCUUCUGCAUUGAUAAUGAGGCGCUGUAUGACAUCUGCUUCCGCACACUGAAGCUCACCACCCCCACCUACGGCGACCUCAACCACCUCGUCUCAGCCACCAUGAGCGGUGUGACCACCUGUCUGCGCUUCCCCGGCCAGCUCAAUGCUGAUCUGAGGAAACUGGCUGUCAACAUGGUGCCCUUCCCCAGGCUACACUUCUUCAUGCCCGGCUUCGCCCCAUUGACCAGCCGUGGCAGCCAGCAGUACAGGGCUCUGACGGUUCCUGAGCUCACCCAGCAGAUGUUCGACUCCAAGAACAUGAUGGCAGCCUGUGACCCACGCCAUGGCCGCUACCUCACGGUUGCCGCCAUCUUCAGAGGCCGCAUGUCCAUGAAGGAAGUGGACGAGCAGAUGUUGAAUGUGCAGAACAAAAACAGCAGCUACUUCGUAGAAUGGAUCCCAAACAACGUGAAGACUGCCGUCUGCGACAUCCCUCCCCGUGGCCUCAAGAUGGCCGCCACCUUCAUCGGCAACAGCACGGCCAUUCAGGAGCUGUUCAAGCGCAUCUCAGAGCAGUUCACCGCCAUGUUCCGCCGCAAGGCCUUCCUCCAUUGGUACACCGGCGAGGGCAUGGAUGAGAUGGAGUUCACAGAGGCUGAGAGCAACAUGAACGACCUGGUGUCUGAGUACCAGCAGUACCAGGAUGCCACCGCUGAGGAGGAGGGAGAGUUUGAGGAUGAAGGCGAAGAGGACCUGGCCUAGAUGCCCAAUCCAACGUUUUCUCCCCAUAUUCAACAGUUAGUUAGGGCGUGGUCAACAUUCUUCAAAAGCAUCAUUGUAGAAUUAUUGACAAUUUGCUUUUAUUCAAUAAAACAACAGUUUUAAAGAAUCGCACAGUAGUUCCUUUGAAUGUCGCACAAUGAUAACAGUUCUUGUCCCGCCUUGUUCUUUAAAUGUCUGUUGUAUUCUUACACGUUCUGUUCUUCCUUCCUGCUUUGGAUAUCAAUGUUCUUAUCUUGUGUCUUUUGUUCACUCUUUUUUCAAGUUGCGAGGUUCAUUUGUUAUGAAACAUAACAGUGACCAGUUAAAGGCACUGAAUUUGACAAAUCCUGUUUUUGACAUGGAGCUUAAUUGUUUUGAAGGAAUUGUUCACUGUUACAAUGCGUGUACUGAGAUGUUAUAACAUCAAAUGUGAAGAUGGAUUUUAAUAAAAGAGUUAUGAUUUGGUGCUA